AUGUAUGACUGGAGUAGUUUUUACGUAUUGAUGAUGUUGCCUGGUCUCAUGGUGUUAUCCGCUCUUUGUCUUUUUGCUAUGCUUGGAAUCAAUCCGAAAAUGUUACUCGUCAUCUGCAUUGCUUGGCCUGCUCUCACCGCUGCAGUUGCUGGGAUCUUCAUUUAUCUUUCCUAUCUUUUCGUAGAAGCGGUCCAAGCAGAUGACCGGGUCAAGGUGUCCAAAAAACAGCUUGUCAAAGAUUUUGAAGAUCAAGGAUUUUAUCUCCUGUACAUUAUCCCGGGCAGUGCAGCUAUGCACAUUAUCCUCGCUAUCUACUGUAUUGUGUUGCUCGUUUGUCUUGCAUGCUGCCAACGUGGUGGUGCUGGUCGUGAUGAAGAUUUGUAUAGUUUGGAGGAGAAUGAGGAAGGUGAUGGCAUUGAAUCAUCUACCAAAAGUCACAUUAGUAUUGAAUGA